AUGCCGGAGGACACUCUUUGUCGUACAGUGGCUCAGCGUCCGAUCUCGUCGAUCAGUCCUUCUCCUACGUCGGAACCCCCCGUCAAUCGGCUUCCUAAUGAAAUAUUGGGGGAAAUAUUCGUGAUAUUGCGGAGUCUGGACUACAGCAACAAUAUUUCGCCAGUUGGAAUGGCUUGGCUGAGAGUGACAUUCGUGUGUCAGUAUUGGAGGGGGAUCGCUCUCGGAAUGCCCAGCCUCUGGUCAUCCAUCGAUGUGACCAGGGAUCUCGAGUUCUGCAGGCUCUAUUUGCAACGGUCGCAGAACACCCUGAUCGACAUCCAUUAUCCCAGAGAUAUGCUGGUCAGAUGCCGGUGCAGUACCCACAACGUCACUGGCAUCAUUGUGAUGGUGUUACCCCAUGCACAUCGCAUUCGCACUCUGGAGCUUGGUACCAUGGAUAAGUCGCACUUGCUCGAACUUUUCGCUGCUCUAACCAUCCCAAUGCCUCAUAUGGAGGCUCUCGAGUUACUCAGGGACGAUGGAUGGGAUGACUUGACCCCUUUCAAUCCUCCCCGCGACCAAUUCCCUGCACUCCGGUCCAUCGCCUUGAAUCCGGCUUGCAUCGCUUGGUCAUCUCCCUUACUAUCCCGCCUGACAAACUUGGAGCUGUAUUACAGAACCAGUGAUAAGCUAUUGUCCAUGAACACUUUUCUGGAUAUGAUACAGGCCAGUCCGGACUUACAAUCACUGGUGUUAUGGCAUGCUGGCCCAAAUGUUGGGGCUUCGAAGGAUACUCGCAUUGUUUCCCUUCCGCAACUCAGAGUAAUCCAUUUGGAGGACACUUCACGUACCAUAUCGUCUACCCUCGCACAUCUCGCUAUACCCGCUCGCGCCUUCCUCAAAAUCCGCAUAUUGGCACAUCGCGAAUUUGGUCACCCCCUUCCUGACCUGAUACACGAUAUUUUUCCCCCGGACACGUCGGCGCUCGAUAACCUAAAGAGCAUUCGCCAUGUCAACCUGACCGGCGAGCACAACCACUUUUCAAUCAGUGCCUUCGACGGUCCCGGUGGCCGCUACCAGGAAGAUAUGCGUUUACGGGUAUAUGUGACCUAUAACAACAUCGACCUGUCACCAUUGGUGCCUACUGCACUCCCUGCAUUAGCAGCAAUGUUUGGCCCUUCAGUGGUCGGCCUGAAUGUCGAAGGGGAGUAUGACCUUACUGAGGAACAGUGGCGAGAUACCUUAACCUGCUGGCCUGACCUCGAGUAUAUCCAUGUCUUGCUCGGCGGUGACGUCCGCUCUUUAUUCGAAGCCCUCCGUUUACCUCCCGUCGGUUUCUCAACGGGAAUCCCAUCACCGCGCCUAAAAGAUAUCCUUGUAUGCAGGGUCAGUUCCGGCAGCAUCGAACACUCCUUCAGGAUCAUAAUUGCCUGCUUGGAAGCACGCUUGGCGCAGGGCACGCGACUCGAGGAGUUGACGUUACGCGAUGGAUUGUGGACAGAUAAUCCAGGUGAUGGGUUCAAGGCAAAGAUGGAGACGCUCGUUGGAAAGUACUGCUGGGAUGUCCGUCGUGUCUAA